AUGGGCAAGAAGAAGGAGAAGACUGAGGUGAAGGAUUCUAAGGAUGUGAAGGUUGAAGAAGAGGAGAAGAGCAAGGUUGACCAGAAGGAUGAGAAGAUUGAGGUGGUUGUGGAGGAUGAUGAGAAGAUAUAUGGUGAGGAUGAUGUGAAGGUGGAUGUUGUGAAGGUGAAUGAUGUAAAGGUGGAUGAUGUGAAAGAUGUUGUGAAGGUGGAUGAUGUGGAUGAUGAUGUGAAGGUGGAUGUUGUGGAGGAUGAUGUGAAGGUGGAUGUUGUGGAGGAUGAUGUGAAGGAUGUUGUGAAGGUGGAUGAUGUGAAGGUGGAUGUUGUGGAGGAUGAUGUAAAGGUGGAUGAUGUGAAGAUGGAUAGUGUGGAUGAUCUGAAAGUGAAGGUGAAGGAUAUGAAAGUGAAGGAUGUGAUGAUGCAACAAGGAAUUGACAAUAAGAAGAAGAAGAAGUUUGAAGAUGACAAUGAUGAUUUCAAGUUAUACAAUACUUCUCCUAAAGGAAAAUUUGGGAGGAGAGUGAGGAAGCCGAAAACAGACGACUCGUACACCAACCCUUCUUUGUCAAAACUGCCAAAGACAAAUGAUCCAAUGAAAGUCAAUCCCCUUCAAAAAUUUGAAGAUGAGUUGCUGGAUAAAGUAAAAGAGUGGUUGGAUGAUCCAAAAACCAAUGAUGUGAAAAAGGAUGUAGCGACUUGCGAAGUAGGGAAUGAUAUGUUUGUUAAAGUUCUAACAAGGUUGACAUGGCUUGAAGACACUGAAAUCGAUGCAUUCUGCCAAUUAUUGCGAAAAAAGAUUGCAGAAUAUCACAAGACAUAUAAAAAUUCUAAAGUCACAAAAGGGAAUUGUGUAUUGGCAGAUAGAUUAAGGCGAGAGUACAUGACUUUUAGUAAAGAUCCUGCAAAUUAUCCAGUCGAAGAAUUUAAAGACUAUUACAUGGGUGUAGAGCAUAGAUAUAUGCCUGAAUGGUCAACAAUCUACGAUAUAUACGUGCUCGUGAACAUAAGCCAGAAGCAUUGGAUUUUGUGUGUAGCACGUCUUCAAAAGAAUCGCAUUGACGUGUAUGACUGCGAUGCUUAUAUUUAUAAGAAUCUGGAUCCUUAUUUGAAACCGUUGUGUGAGAUGCUUCCACAUGUAUUUGCAAGGACAGUCACUAAAGGUGAGAUGAAAAGGUUUCCUCACUUCAACUUCCAAGCCAUGACAUACAAAUGGUUUCCAAACCCGAAAGUCAAAACCAUAGCAGUUAAGGUAGGGGAAGUCCUAAGAGUAACCGAGAGCGGGGACUGUGGUGUAUUCACACUCAUGUAUAUGGAAUACUUGACUAUUAACCAAGGCGUAUAG